AUGUUGAUUGGCGGCCCGAAGGCUUUACAGGAGGGACUGUUUCCUGGUGGUGCAACAAUUCCAAACCCACCAGAGUUCGUCAACCUGCCGCCUCACUUCCAUCCUAUCCUCAUGGACCGAAUCGUCAAUUUCAUCUACACCUCAGACUACCUGGUCGUCCGGGACGGUAGCAAGCAGCUCAUUCAGAAGAACUUUAAGUUCUAUCACGCAACUGUUAUUCCAGAUGUCAACCCGCCCACCGCCGCUACGACCGCUCUGGUCGACAUCCACGACUACACCUUCCAUCUCCACAUGUACGCUCUGGCUGAAGAGCUCGACUACAACGCGCUGAAGUCAGCUGCCCACACUAAGCUCGUCCAGCUCUUCAUUAACGUGCGCAACGAAACUCCCUCCGCGAUCAAAGACGCCAUCAACGCUACCUUUGCCCCGUUGGGUAGCCCAUCUCGUAUCUGCAAAGACGAAGACGGCGUGUUGCAGCAACUAGUCGUAGCAACCGUCCUCGCGCACGAAUUCAAGACCUGGACCGAAGCAGACCAAAAAGCAUUCAGCGACGACAUCCAAGGUCCUGAGUACGCCGACUUCCGCAACGCCUACAACAUGGUCAAGGGCGCGAACCAGGAUCUGAUCGAGAUUGGAGAUACUGCUAGGUCAUUGGCGGCGGAGCGCAAGGCGGGUAUGGAGCGUAGGAGAGCAGCUAAGAAGGCCGGUGCUGGAAACGUGGAUCAGAGUAAGCUCAUGGUUGGAAGCGGCUCGCCUUUGAGCGUGUUGAGCGCGCGGCCUGCAAAUAUGAAGGAUAAGUUCAAGAGGCGUGUAGAGAAGCGGAGUGUUAGUUCAGUUGCGAAGGUAGAUAGAGAUGAGGAUAUAGAUAUGGAAGUUGACUAG